AUGCCCCCCUGGGCUGAAUCGUCGCUGUACCAGCCACCUACAGUGGCUGGUCUCAACAAGCUGGUCGACCUCUGUCCAACCCCUAAUCUGUUUCGCGGCGUACAGGAUAUUCAGCAGCGUUGGAAUGCCGCGCUGAUCAUGGUAGCUGCCUUCGGCAUUCAUGAAGAUGGCACCCAUCUCGACAACAUCACCGACUUCCAUCCUCACACUGUCGACCACUAUCGCACUGGCAAGACCGUACCCAAGCCAUCUUCAAAGGGCGAGAAGAUCAAGAAUUGGAGGGGCCGGUUGGACUUCAUCGAAAGCAUUCAUUCCUCCAUACACGAUCUGAUUACGUUACUUGAUCGUCUCACUGGAGGCAUCUCGGUCUUCUUGCAUCACCCCGGCGCGCACGAUCCCACUGCGUCGACCGACGUUCAUAACCUUCGAGCACACGCAUACAUGAAUCCCCGCUUCCUCCAUCGGCACCCGUACUCGCACGUUCACGUCGCAGAGCUCGUGCAGCUCUUCGUUGAACACUUCGCCUAUCCUAACGUCACCGACUUCAACGAGGCGCGGCACGCCAAGGGUUGGGGCUCUAUGGCGUCGGGCUCGAAGGAGCCUCAUCCAAUCCCUACAAACCUUCCCCUUGUCCCUUCUCCAGCCUCCCCUCACGCGACCGAACUUAUCUUUCAAGGACGCGUCCCUGGUAGCCUUGCUGAGGCCCUCGCAGAUCCCGACUGUCCCCCCGUCACUCACAUCCCCACACCAACUCCUGGCCAGACGGAGUUCUUGAGGUGGAAGCUCACUCCUCUUCCUCUGGGUCUCAAUGAUAUGCUGUCGUCCUAUGGAGCACCCCCUUCCCCCGAAUUCAUCCGGAUCGACCUUGAAGAGGUGUCUCGCCCAUCCUUGGACAAGGGCAAAGGCGUUCAAAGGGCUGCACCGGAGUUCGAGGAGGCCACUACGAGCGCCCAUCCCUUGCGGUGUUCCUCCCCGGCUGGAAGAACGAUUUCAUCGGCUCCUUCGAGUCCGUUGCCCCAUAUCUCCCGAUCGGAUAUACCUAGCCAUGUCGCCCCCGCUCACGCUCCUGCCAACGCUUCUCCCGGACAGGCGGGGCCUAGCCAUGGCCAGUUCGCGAUGAUUCCUCCGACUCCGACUCCUUCGACUCUUGAUGAGCUCAUGGGCUCUCUCAACAUCGUGGACCGCUCUGCUCUGAUAUCCUUCGGCGAGCACACGGAGGCUAUGGUUACGCGGCAUGGACUUUCCGACACCGUUCACCCAGAGUGCUGGCGUUGUCUCGCCAAUUUUCUCCCAUAUAAAUGGGAAGGUGCACCUUGUAAAGGCUUUAAAAACUUGAGCCAAACCACUCACGUGCGCCGCUUGCUCGGCCUUCCCCGCAAAAGCCGCCGCAACUGCCUCACGCCCUCUCAGCAAGCUCUUGUCAAUGCGACUCGUGCUACCAAGCGACUCUCUCUCGACCACGACGUUUGCAACGUCCUAGAAUACCUCGACAACACAGCGACCGACCUUGCUAUCAAACACAGGCGUUCGCGACGCUUCUUCCUCGAACGUUUCUAUAUGGGAUCAACACUUCGGCGUCGGAGAACUAGGAAGACCAGCGCGUGGUCGGCGUUCACAUUUUUUCGUGCGAGGGAGGAGAAUAUCGCGCUAAUCUCAUCCGACAAGUCCGACCUCGCACAGGUUAUUCGACAGGCGCACGACUAUGGGGGCCUGACCACUGAACAGCGCGAACUCGUCAGAGACGAGUUCGCUCGCAUCAAGAGGGCCGCGCAGAAGGGCAAGACGAGCUAUAUCACCCCUCGCGCUCGUGCUGCCGAGGCCAACGCCAGUUUCUCCGCCAUCGUUGAUGAGCUUACUGGGCUCAAGCACCGCCUCAACACGCACGCCCUCGUCAUUCUCGUCCGUGGAUCACUCGACUUCACCAUGCAGCCGAAGGUUUUUACCACGGACGAAGCUGUCGACAAGUUCAUCACGGUCAACUUCCGGAAGGACCCCAUGGAGCUUGGAGGAAAACUCGAAGGCGUUAUGGUCAACGCGACGAAGAAGAGCAACUACUCCAAGGAGGGCUACAGGGCACAGGUGAAGAUGUGCACGGCCAACAUUCGCUCAAGUAUCACUUCCGCCCUCAUCCUGGUCACACAUGAUGCUUCGGCAGGCAUGUCGUACAGCCGCUACGAGGAGAACGUCGUUCGUCGCUAUAAUGUCAAGCUCGUCGGGUGGGAGCACGAGGAUUGGAGGAACCCGGGUGUACUUCGAGGAGGGAAAGCUGCCCUUGAGAGGCUUGCUGACGCUGUGGAGCAGGGGCGAUGCCACUUCGUUGAGAUCGACGACACGGAGGUCGAGGAACGGCGCCAGAAGAUCUUGGCGGGUGUCUCACUUACCCCCAACUGCGACUUUGAUCCCACAUCGCCAUGGACACCGACCAACUCCCUCGCGCCCCCUUCAACGUCCCCGCCUCUUGCACAGCCGGAUGCGUCUUCCGAGGCCGAGGCCGCGCAGCCCGAUGACACCUCCUCUGACGCUCAGACGGACUCGCCGGUGCACACGGCUCCUGGGUCAGCCCCUGAGACAGCGCCGUCUGCCUCCGACGCCGCUCGUUCAUCGGCUGCACCCUCCACAUCCCUGAAGCGGCCUGCCGCUGCACAAGCCGAGUCAGCCACCCCGGCCAAACGUCCAAGGAUUUCGAAGAGAAAGAAAAAGGAUAACGUCGCCCGUAGCUAG